GCUGUUAUAACGCCUAUUCGAAUCGAACGAUAUUUGGUUGGCUGAUCACGAAAAAAAACAUCCGAUGUCGAUCACUGAGUUCCCAGAACUCUACCAGACCACGUCCCAAACAGACGCGUCGGGUCUCAGGGUCCACACCCGCCCAGGCAUCGGCUCGACUGUUCUCACUUCACGAAUGACACCGUCGUCCCUUGUCGUCUAAUCUUCGAGUCGCACAGCAUUGCCAUGUCAUCACUGAAUGGCCCCGGUGCUCUCAAGGGACGAGGGCGUGUGGGAGGAACCGGCAUCAGCGAGGAGACGAGCAGAAACCCCAAGGCUCGAAUUCGUCGUACUGUCAAUGCCUCCAGCCCAGAAUCAUUUACCACGGCAGCAGCAACUGAUGUCCCCCACCUCGCUUGCCCCGAUGUUUGCCCUUCAGGAGCCCUGUGCGCAAUCGGACUUCCAGCUGCAGGUUGUCAAUGCACAGUUCUCCAACAGUUUGAGAUCCUAUUGACCCCCCACCCGUUGCGCAAACACAUGACCUGUCAGAUCGAUGAUCUGCCAACAUCCGCGUGAAAUGGCGUCAUUGAGCUUCGACUAGGCCCAUUUCUGUGCAGUCGCAUGCCCGAGAUGCCUGAGCAGCAGAUAUCCUUGUAGAUAAAGGUCGAUAAGAUGAUUCAUUUUGAGUGUGCAGCCGGAAAAUGAAGAAAAUGACUUACCA